ACAGAAGGCGAGUUCGCACCUCGGCCCACGGUAGGCCGCUCCUCCAGUCCUCCCCUCACCUCUGCUCUCUUCCGACUCUCCGUCUCCGCGCAUACUCGUUGGCUCUUCCUCGCCGCCUUCGUCCCUCACCGCCGCAGCGAUGGUGUACUUGGAUUCGUGGGACGACUUCGUGGAGCGGUCCGUGCAGCUCUUCCGCGCCGACCCCAGCGCCUGCGCCUCUCUGCAGACCCGCUAUGUGAUGAAGUACCGGCACAGCGAGGGGAAGCUCGUCCUCAAGGUCACCGACGACCGCGAGUGCUUGAAGUUCAAGACAGAUCAAGCUCAGGAUGCAAAGAAGAUGGAGAAGCUCAACAAUAUCUUUUUUGCUCUCAUGACUCGUGGACCUGAUGCUGAUAUCAGUGAAGUUUCGGGGAAGGAACAGGCAGAGCAACAACAAUCAAAGAAAGGACGGGGCAGGAGGCAGUGAUGGCUGGCUUGCUCCUGAUUUCUUUCAGAAAAUUCACAACUGGGAUGCUGGAUUGACGUUUCAUUGACUCUUGUCCCUACUUUGUUACCCUGAAGGAAUUUUGGACCAUAUUGGACAUUUUCUGGUACAGAACCAAAAACAUACUGAAUGAGCUGUCAUGAAUUCGUGAUCCAGAAACACUCAAUCUUUGACGUCUCUUUUUGCACCUGCAGCGUUUGUCUUGUUUGCCAUGAAUCCCUGAAUGAGCUAUCAUGAAUCCCUGAAGGAAAUUUUGUUGUAUGACUAGAUAAUGGUAAUCUGAUCUCAUCUA